GCUAGGCUGUCUGUAUACCUCUGUCUCGCUACGUCGUGAGGUCUUAGGGGUGCUGGGGUUGUCUAGCUCUGACACACGUGGUGGAGUCUUUGCAAGUGCGUUCAUUGUCAGCUCCUAGUUUGUCGACACUUUCAGUUUGGGCUCACCGCGACCGACUUCGGAAGCCUCUACCGGACUUCGCUUUCUCGCAAGACGGGGCUCUGCUGGACGCUUCUCCGAAAUGCUGAACGUGAUAGAGCUCGUAGUAUGCGUGCUGAUUGUCGUUACUCUGGUGUUCUAUUUCUUCUUUUGGAAUCGCUUCUUCGGGCUCCUUUUCAGCCUCCUCGCCCGCUUCGCGCUCUGGAACCAAGAGGAGUCCAGCGUAUGGGUCAAGCUAGGCUCUAUACACUUCUCCGUUCUCACUGGUCGGAUUCUCAUCAAGGACCUGCGCUACCACUCGAGCAACCAGACCGUCCGAAUUGUCAAGGGCCAAAUCUCAUGGCGGUAUUGGCUUCGCCGCCCUGCCGAAGAGGAAGACCUAAGUCAUGCUCGUGUCAUCGGCGAGGAUACACCGGGCAAGGGUAAACCGCUUGCGUGUCGCGUCCAUAUCUCGCUCCAGGGCUUUGAAUGGUUUAUCUACAAUCGCACCGCAGCGUUCGACAAUAUCGUGUCGCAGCUGGACCCGGACAUCCCUAUCACUCCCGUUCCGACGCCAGUCCCCGAAGGAGCAGCUUCCGUAAGGAAGAUAUUCAGCAGAACGUCGGUCUUCCGAGAUGCCUCCAUCCUAGGUCCGCCCGUCUCGCUUGUAUCCUCCAUCUAUAAGCGAACUCCGACCUUCGUCAAGAGAGGCGUCGGGUGGUUCCAACAGCAGAUGCCAAACCUUGACCCCAAGGACUUGCUCCCUAUCAGUCUCGAGGUGCUGAAGGGCGCGAUCACCAUCGGAAACGCGUCCACUCCCAACUUGCUCGCCGCAGAGUUCCAGCGGGGAGAAGGCACAUACGGUAUAGUUGAUUCUCGAUCACGGCACGACCAUUACAAGUCGGUGUUCAACUUCAAGUUCCACACCCCUUCUGUGUCCUAUGUCGAGAACGAAACCUACACGUUCCCCAUGACUGAGAUCGGUCGCCGUACGCACGAGCACGUCAAUCGCUCGGACACGACCCCCCUUCGCCAUUCGUCCUAUCUCUCCUACGAUGCUUUCCAACGUGUCUGGGGGCACCUUCGCCUCUGGACAACAUUGCCCGCUCCACCAUCCCGUACGUCUGCGUUCAUGCCCAGCGGUGUCACGCAUCCACAGACAUGGGGCCGGCGGAAGCAGCAGAAGAGCUUGGACGAGGCAACCCCUCUGGGCGCGGAUUUCACGGCGCUUGAGUACGCGAUUGAGCGCAAGAUACUAGAGGCGAACACGCUUGAGUUAUUGUAUUACGCCGAUGUGGUAGGCAUCGUGCCCGCCCAGGCUGGGGGAGAAGAGGCGCAGGAUGAGAGCCCAGACCCGUUCGACAUCGGGAAUGGAGACUUGCCUCCGGAAUGGGGUAUUGACCUAAUGGUUCGGGGUGGGUUCAUUCGCUAUGGCCCAUGGGCAGACCGGCAACGAGUCCUUUUGCAGCAUGCCUUCUUCCCACCAACGUUUACUGACGCGCCGCUCACACCGCGGCUGAAGCCUGGCGAUAUGCGUAUGUGGACUGGCAUGAAGCUGUUCAUUGAACUGCGCGACGGUGUUACACUCCAGCUCCCGUUCCGUGAGCCCUCGAAGAACUGGCAAUGGGAUGGGAAAGCAGAUGUCAAGGGGCGGCCAAGGAAGCGCGAGGCAGCGACCAUCCAUGUACGUGCUGGCGACAGUUCAACGAUCAGCUAUAUCGUUCCGAUGGUGGCCACGGCGAAGGGUUUCCAGUCGGUGCUAGAGGUCCAUUUGGAUACUGUCACGGUGACGUCGAGUCUGAACGACAUCCGCCUGCUCACUGCGGAGACCUGCCGAGUACGUAGCCACAUGCCUGCACCUCUCAAGUGGAAUGGCCUCAGACAGUGGUCGUUCGCGAUCUCCCUCCGACAACCAUGCCUGUACCUUCUCCGCGAUCAUAUCAACAUGUUCGCGGACCUAGGGAAGGAUUGGAGCACCGGCCCUCCCAGCGACUACAACACUUUCACUCCGAUGAUAUACAUGGUUGACUUGGACUUGCACAAUUACAACAUCAACCUAUACGUGAACGAUCACAAUAUCAUCGACAAGCCAUCCAUCAAGGAGGAGAACGCGUUACUAACGUUGCGGGGCACGCACCUCUCGAGCGGAAUUCAUAUGCCGUUCAACAAGUACCGGCCAGAGGCUACGGCAGUGUCGUUUUGGAUCGAGGCCCCGGAUGUGAACGUCGACCUAGCGCUGCCCCGCUGGAAUAUCUCAAGUCUGGCGCCUACCCCCGACCGGAACCAGGUCGGGCGCAUCGGGAUGCUGAACAUGAAGGGCUCAUAUCUCUACUUCGCCGACGUCAACCAGAGUAAUGUCGACCAGCUGAAGCUAGACUUCUCAGUGCGCGACCCCGUGUACAAGACGUUCGGAUGGACAAUUCGCUACCUUAUGAUCUUGCGGGACAACUACUUUGGGUCAUUCACUCACUUCUCGACACUGACAGAGUAUCUGAAGAAGCGAGAGAGCGGCCAGACACUCGGCGACCCUAUCCAUUUGCAGUACAGGGAGGGGCAGUCCAACGCGAUGCAGGUUGUUCUCGGGCUCGAUUUGAAAAAUGGUCUCAUGGUCCUACCUGUGGGGUACCCGGGAUAUGAGAAGUACUACAGCGGGACUGAGCAGACUGUGCCGGAAGACCUCGGCCCAUGUUUGAUGCUCUCCUUGCCGACGUUGCAAGUGCACCUCAGAGCGAAUGACUACUAUAUGGAGAUGACUGCCAACGUCGACACGAUUUCUGGUCGGAUCAGCGAACACUGCUACAACGAGUCGAUAAUGUCUUCCCGUACCAACCAUGGGCGUGAGCAGUUUGUCAUCGAUGGUCUCGAUAUCAUCGCCAAUCGCCUGUUCGGACCGCGACCGGCGACAUCGACGUAUGUGUGCAUAUGGGAGAUCCAUGUCGGCGAUGUGAAGGCAUCUGUUAAGCCCUACGAGGUAGCCUUACUGUCAAGCGCAGGCUCCGCGUUCGGGCUCAACUUUUCCGAUCCCUUGAACGCGCCGGCAAAGGAAUACUCGAUACCUUCGGAACCCGAUGUCACUUUCCUCAAGAUCCAAGUCGAAUCUGUCAACGUCGUAUGGCUCGCGAAUGGUGCAGCGGCGGAAUUGGCGCUCCCUGCGGGAUUGAGACUGGACAUGAAUGACCUUGCCGGCAAGGAGUUUCGGAAGGUGACCAGCUUGCGGCUCCCCGAAGGGACAGCUCGCCUCCUCCUUGCAUCCAAGCAAGACCGUGCCCGCUGGGUGGAAGCUGCCAACGCUUGUCUCAGUGUCGACCUCGACAUAUACUCUGCUCCUCCUGGUUGGCGGGAUUCUGCACGAAAGCAGGCGGACUUCAUCGCGGAGCAGGAUCGGCUGACGGGACGCGCAAAGAUCCUGUAUGCAGCCGAGGGAGACCCUGCGGAUUCCUCGAAAUUGCGGCCAGGGCGAGGGGCUAUGGACACUGACUUCUACUUGCCCCAAAUUCGGAUACCAAGGAUGUCGCCUAUUGGGACGAUGCAAGAUCGUCUGGGAGCCCCUAUGGUUGCACUGCGCGAAGACGUAUCGGAGUCGGAUAUCGAUCCGCUACCCGAAUCUGCACGGGAUGCUCGAUUGGCGGACCUCCGGCCCACAAAGAUCCUGGCGAGCACCUUGAGUGAUGACGACACCGGCAGCGGUGACGAAUCCGACGACGACGACGUCUCAGACUGGUCGACCGACUACGAAGAUCCUGUGGAAGAUGAUCCCACGCACUCAGGGUGGCCCUCAGCCAAUCAGUACAGCCCGUACUGCAGGCAUUAUGAGAGUCGUCUAUUGUCUCGUCCCUCUUCUUGGUCCUCUUCGCCAUUCACCCUGACCCGGGAUGUUUCUCAAUGGUAUCGUAGCUCGGCGCAAACAGCGCUUGCCACGGCGAUAUCCUCUGGACCCACAUUGGGUCCUGACUGGUCUGGCUUCGCACGCGAGGAGAGCGGAAACGCAGAUAAGGACGUAUACCGCGUUCAUUCGAACAAGCGUGGUAUCAAUGUGUGGGUCACCCCGCUCAUCCUUCCAAUGAUGACACAGCUUUUGAGGGACAUCAGCGCAAGGCAAUUAGGCCCAGAACUUCGCAUGGACGCCUUGACUAUGAAGUACAUCACGGCCUUCAAAGGUCGGCCGAACACAGUUGAAGCGAUCACAUGUCUUGAUAUACAACUACCGUCCAUUGAGAUCCGCUCUCUACAACUAGUGAAUGCGACCUCCCAACAUGGAGCCUCUCCACCUCGAGACGCGUUCGCAACCGUAGCGGAAGUCCAUCUGGCUGGGACGCACCUCCGUGCUCGCUUGCGAUCGACAUCCAAUGGACACUCUGAAAGGGAUGUUGCGGCCGCUUUCAAGUCCUUCUCUAUCUUGCUGCUGUCCCGGUCCCCCUCGAGGCAGUCGUUCAAGCAGGACCCCAGCGCUCAAUGCCAGCUGUCGAUUGGCCCUACUCUCGUUUCGAUCAUGCGGGAGCAACUGACCGUCUCUCUCGGGGUCUUGUCUACCGACAUCGGCCAUUCUGGUCCGGAUUUCGUCUUCGCUACCAUUGUCGUUCUCGCUAGGUGCCUGGCUGGAUUCGUAGCGGCUCAGCGGGAGAUUCGGAGCCGUACACCAUCGACCGACCGACAGAUCGUUCAUGGCAUCCUCGCAUACUCGCGUGAACGAUCUGUAGUGGACCCACUAUCGACCAUCCAGCCUUCGUAUCUCGUGCAGCACGGGUUGCCUGACAGGCUGCGGAAGGACAUCACCUUCAAGUUCUUGGUCUAUCUACGGCACUCCCUCAGGUUCCUUGACGAGCGCGAACGGCUAGCAAUUCAGUCGCUGCAUCUCCAGAGCGACAACGAAGCGUCAAUCGAGGAUAUCCUCGGCACGCUCCAGAACCAGUGGUUCGGGGUUGGCGGUGACGACGACUCAUCUACUAUCUCCCAACAGUCGCUCUUGCAAGAGCUGCUUCACGCUCCUUCCCUUCCCCCUCCCGCAAGAAGAGAUAGUUUGGAGCCUCCCUACAGCGCAAUAUCUGUGACUCUUGCUGGAAUACGUUUGGUGCUCCGUCAUCCUGACGAAGCUGCACAAAGCAGCUUCACGUCCGGCUCAAAUACGAUCAGUCUCAAUAAGCAACCUGUCGACCUCAUCCAAGCCGUCGCGGGUGCUCCUAGUAGGAGCUAUCCCCUUUCCUCCAGUCGAGACAGGGAGAGACGCAAGCUCAUACGUCUCUUACUUUUCCUAACAUUGGACGAUAUCUCUUGCACGGUUCACCCCCAAGCGGUCGAGUUCAUGCAAAUCGUACUGCGAGAGUAUCGGCACCACAGCAUCCCCCUUCAAGGCGUCCUCAAGGAUCUCCGUACACCAACUACUUCACAUUUCGACAACACUCUCCCUUCGCGUUCCGUAAGCCCAUCUCGCAAACCGUCGACCACCCUAUCUCUCGACUGCACGCUUUCCAUGCGAUCCUUCACAUUCACCGCGGCCACAGAGAAGCUCAUUGUGCGUUUCAAGAACGCCGGCGUCACUUAUGCGUCGUCUUUGCUGGCCAAGUUUCCGAGCAAGGAACAGCCCCUUUGGGACAUCUCUACCAAUCACUCUCUUAUGUUCGACAAUGUAAUGAUCGAAGCUUGCGCGGUGACCAGUUCUGCUCCCACGAAAGAACACGUCCUCGCUUCGCUCAGAUUCUCCGGCGGUAGGACAAAUGUCGUGGUGCAGCAAGACGUCGGUCGCAACACCACUGUGCACGUUAUCCUCGGUCUCCGCAAGCUGCAUUUGGAAGUGCCACGGAGCGCAUUGCGUCUUUACCGGUUCGUCGAGGGCUGGCGGUCUGACUAUCUUCCAGGGCUUGACGCUACAGUUCGUGCGCUACUCUCUGAAAUGCGUGGACCUCCCACCUCGCCUCACCCCCCUCCUUCACACCCGUCACACUCCCCAAAACUUCUGACUUUCGAAGUCCAGGCCACGGUCGCGUCGGUCCAAGCAACUCUUCAAGUCAUGCAUGGUACCUGGCUCUCUUGGGAAGUUCAUGAGACGUUGGGAUUCCUGAUGAACGACACUCGUCGGCGCGGGGCGCACUUGUUCGGACUGCAGAUGGGUGCUCAUGUCUUCAGCAUCUCGAAGACGAGGAGCAACACACAUGCUGACCCCAGCUCAAGCAUCAGACUCGAGUUUCCCACUAUCACGCUCCGCGGUCGACACGACAACGCGAGCGUCCAAGGGCUAGCACUGGUCGACUUCUUCCACGUGACGGUCAGACCCUCGGAUUGGGAUACUCUUCUCUCUAUCCAGCAGAAGUCUAGCCAAGACUUCAACGACCUCAUCCAUAUCAUCGAGCAGUCUCGUCAGAAACGACCAGAACCCUCUCCCGAGGCGGAAUGCGCGACUUCCAAGCCCGGAAAAUUGCCCUUGAAGUUCAACGGCUCGUUCAAGAUGAAGGGCCUCCGUAUCGGGCUCGAAGGACUUACCACAACCGUCUUCUUGGAAUGUGAAGAUAUCAGCGGAGGUCUCGGGAACCACAGUCACUCUCUGUGGCAUGUCAAGCUGUCUGAUCUCUCACUCUCUCUGGCGUCGCGACUAUCCCUCUCCGAUCGCGCAGACAGAGACCGUCGAUCCGCUUUCGUUCGCGUCGACUUCGAGGCUCACAUGCAAAAGAAACCCGAUACAUCCGUCCCUCACCUGGAGGUUUCGGUCGCGAAGGUUCAUGCCGUUAUGCAACCUAGCUCUAUCGGGGAACUUGGUGACUUCAUUGACCACUUGCAGGCUGAGGUUCUGAUCCGCAAAGAGAAGCGCGCCAGCGAGCUCGAAGAGUUCAAGGAGAAGACCAGGAGCCUGAUGAGGACGCUCGACGUGAAGAUCGGAGAGCAGACAGCCUCCGAAAAGUCACUCCUUGAGCUGUACACCAUCUCUCUAGCUAUCGCCAACAUCGGUGUUGCCUUUCCUCUCACUCUCGCGCGGGACCUCCAGAUGCCCCGCUCCGGGAGCCACGAUGACGCUGCUGUUCGCGCGUUCCUAUUUUCGAUCAAGUCUUUGAAGUUCAGCAGCCAGGCAGGCGAGAAUGGCAAGGCAUCGAUGACAAAUUUCGCCUUCCAGUUCGUUUCCAGAUUCAGACAAGGUGUUCCAGCCGACUUCACGGGCGAGAGUCAUAAAACCCGCAAUCGCCUCCUCUAUCCCGAGAUGACCGCCGAAGCCCACUCGGAGCGCGUGGCCGAGUCUCGGAGGGUGUGCAUAGGGGCGCAAGUCAGUGGUUUCAUUCUCGACGUUGACUCCACCAUCCCCGACUUCAUCUCGUCCCUUCUGGAUGUCUACCGAAGAGGCAAAGACCGUGUGGAACGACUUGGCGGUGCUGUUUCCCGACCAUCGCCGAGCACAGAGACAGAACCCCAUCUAGAACCUGCUCAGACGGAAGCUCAAUACAGCGCCUUACCCACCUCGAACAUCCUUGCAUCGCUGACCUUCGCCAGCGGGAAGGUCCGCAUGCACAGCAAGGAAUCGAGCUCGCAGCACCGUCGAGGUCUUCUCUCCACCCUUGUCUAUGGUCGAGGAGAAGAUAUGAACGGCGCAGAGGAAUUCAACCUACCUGAAGUCUCCGUCUGGGGCGAGUUCCGUGCGACUCCAGCCGUUCAUAAGCUCAGCGAUUCGGGUCGGACCGCCGAACCGUCGACUCUGGUCUUCAAGAGCACCAUUCAUUCCAGUCAGAACACCCUCCGACCUACCCUUCUGCCGUUCCUCACCGAGAUCAUGACCAAGGUGGAGGAUCACAUGCGGUCGAGCAAUUGGAAGAGUGCGCAAGCGUCUCCAGGUCCGAGGCCUCACGGGUUGCUACCCACAGUCGCCUUGACAGAGGAGCUCCCGGUUCGUACCCAACAAGCCGAUCCAGUGACAAGCAUGAAGAUCAGUUUCAGCCUCCGCAUCGAUCAGUCCAAGCUUCACUUCACUUGUCGACCCGAUGCGAACGUCAUUGGUGGCUUGUACUGGGAUAGUGGCGGAUUCAUAAUCAACAUCGCUCCUGGCGCCCGCCGCGUGUCGUUCACGGGAACUGUCGGAGGGCUGACUAUCGCUCUCAAGCACGGCUUCCUUAGCGAAGACUGCGUUAAGGUCAACGCCCGCAACCUCAACUUCUCGAUGGCUUUCGCGAAGGUCCAACCAACGCAAAGCCGUGUCAGCAGUUCUAUAUCUGUCGUCCUCGACACAGAGUUUUCCGGCAGCAUUCGCUUCUCCCGGUUCCAGGACGUCCUCUGUUUCAAGGCGGUCUGGCUAGACAGGAUCCCUGUGUUUACGGGCGGGAACUCAACACCUACCGAUCGACCAUCAAACCCUCCCAGCGCAUUACUGACCCCCCAGCCGUCUUCGUCAUCUAUCAAGCAAGAGCUCACGACUGCGGUCCUUGUACGUCUCCGCCGGGUGGAAUUAGAUGUCGACCUAGGGCAGUCGAUCAGUAGCAUCAGGCUCACACUGGAUGACGCCCUCUUCCGCACGAAGAUCACCGAAGUUCUAUCCGAGCUAUCUCUUUCCAUCGAACAACUCACCGUACUCGCCUCCGGUAACCUUUCUGGACACGUCGACCUUCCCAACUUCCAGUUCCAGACUGUGCGCCGCAACAGUAGCGAAUAUGCCAAGGAAGCAGGAGGUCGCAUGUUGGAUCUUACGAUGAAAACAGGCGUGUUCGUCGUGAAGCUAGACUCGGAGUACCAUGAGCUCAUCCGGUAUCGAGCGGAGCCGAUCACGGUCUAUAUCUACGACGACUGGUCCCAGAUCUCCUCGGACGUUCCUGCGGAAGACAGGCGUGUUCAUCUGGAUUUCGUGGUCUCCGGCAGUGAUGUGCUUGCAAUCAUGACAGUCGGCACCGUCCCCAAGCUGGUCUCCUACGUCAACAAAUUCCGCAUGAACCUUGACGCACAGCGGGAUGGCGCUAGUCGCGAGUCGCAGGCAUUCCGCGUCGCAAAUGCCCCCAAACCAGACAACCCUCUUUCGGCCGUCGCAAAUGCCAUGUUCAGGUCUGCGCGUUCGCGGUUGAAGGAGACCGAGACCGGAAUUUCCUACGUCGUUGCUCAGCGUAUGAGCCUUCAGCUCGAGCGGUUGCAGCUCAUCGUCUUCCCGCGUUCCAUGCGGGACGCCGAGUUGGCGCAGUUCGUUGGCGCGAAGAUCCAUGCCCGCCUCCAGCGCGUCAUCCACGGGGACAUCGAGCCUUCGAGGCGCGACCUCCGCCUACACUUCUCCACCAUCACUAUCUCGAAGAUCAGCCAGCUACGCCAUGCGCUCGUUCCAAAAGACCGCCAACUCGAUAGUCCUGAAUGGCUCAAGACCGUGGUGACGGGGUCUCCUGAGGCAACGAUCUUCGGUCUGCCGUCGAUGAGUAUGCACAUGCAGAGUAUGGAGAGACAGGACGGGGCGCAGCGCGUGCUCUCGUACGACUUCAAGAGCAGCUUCGAGAAGGCCGGACUCGCGGACGCGGACGAUAUCUAUAUCUCGCUUAACAUGGCGCUCUACUCGUGGCUCACGGUCCUCCGGAAGACGUUUGCGCGGGAGAUGGAACAGGUUCAGGCGUCAGCUGAAGCACGCGUCGCUGUAGGGGCUGCCGGAGGAGCGCAAGCGGUGCUGUCUCAUCGCAAGAAGGCGCACGAGCCCGCUGGCGCGGGCGCAUCACUGCUCGACGAUGCUGGCAAUUCUGAGGCUGUCAGCCCUCUCCGCACGCGCGGACGCACUCGGGGAUCAAUUUCUACCAGGACAGUUCCGCUGGCUGCGCAUUCUAUGGACGACAUCACCAUCUCCUCCCCGCUCGCACCUCUCAAGAUAUCCACCGCGUCCGCAGGGCCGUCAAAGAUCGUCUCACCUAUCUCCUCUGCCAGUGCCGCAGAUCCGACCUCCCCUAGCUCCUCUGGCUCUGGCCCCACCGCCGCAUCCUCUUCCGUGCCACCAAAGACGACGAAGGGCCUUACAUAUGAGCCUCACGACCGGAAGAUCGAGCGGUUGACGAUGAGACAGCUGGGCGAGGCGACGCCGGACGUGAUGCACCCCUUCUUCAUGAAGAAGGCUGGGUUCAACCUGGAGGACUCGCUGCCGCAAUACGUUCACGAGUACGCGACCAUGCCGACGGAGGAGAUGAUGAAGGCGCUUCUGAAGCUGUACAGCAAGCAGCUCACGCGCGGGGCCGAUGAACCUCCGCUGCGGGGCAGAGAUGUGUAGAAAGAAGCGCGUGUACCAUACCACACUGGCAUAUCAUCCUCGUCUUAGCUACAUUGUACCAUUGUCACUACAUCUAUCAGAGGACUGGCGGCUUAAUGUUCAAGGUCUCGUAUACAUACCCACUACUGCAUUCG